AUGACUACUGCAGCGGCUGAACAAAAGAAGAUCAUCGAGCAACUGAUGGGCAAGGGCUCAUUAUCGUCGCAUCAAAACUCAUACCGGCGUGAAAUGAAGGUGGACGAUCCAAGAAUAUGCAAGUCAUUUUUGGUCGGCGAGUGUGUGUAUGAUUUGUUCAAAGGAACGAAGCAGAGUCUGGGAAAAUGCCCCAAGAUCCAUUUAGCGAAGCACAAAAUACAGUAUGAGCGGGAGGUAAAGAACGGGACAGAUUUCGUAGAUUUCGAGCGAGAAUAUUAUUCGAUCCUGUUGAAAUUCGUGAACGACUGUAAUGGGCAGGUUGCCGUUGCACUAAAAAAACUGGAACACACGCCGGAGGAGCGAGAAAAAAUUCAGCGGGUAACGGGCGAAUUAGAAGUGUCAGACUCGCAGAUAGGACUCAUGCUACAAGAAAUUGAGGUUUUGCUGCAGAAAAAUGAGGUCACAAAAGCUAUGGCGCAGUCGGUGAAGGUCCAACAACUUCAAAAACACCGUCAAGAGGUAGCAAAACGUGUGCGGGAGAUAGCUGAAAAUGUGGGCCAAAGCGCCCAGCAAAAGCUGCAAGUGUGUGAGAUCUGCGGCGCGUAUCUGUCUAGGCUGGAUACAGAUCGGAGACUUGCAGAUCAUUUCAUCGGCAAAAUACAUCUGGGGUACGUUACGAUACGACAAGAAUUUGAGCGCGUGAAACAGCGUUUCAAAAACCGCGGCGAGGACGUGAACGCCAUAAGCAGCCGCAGGCCGGCUCAGACGUACCAGGGCCCGCCUCGAACUGCUAACAACUACAGAUCUUCCUACCAGCCACGCUACAAACCAAGAACAUACCGGGCACAUUGA